UGCCUCUGUCUCCGCAGGCGGACGGGACACCCGGGCGUCUGCAGGGGUGACUUCUCCAGGCUCAUCCCCGGCAGGUGUUCCUGAACCUUCCCUCGGCCCCUGCCUGGGGCGCGACUGCCCCCUCCUUCCGGCCGGGUCAGGGUGGGAGUGAAGGGCCGGCAGAGGUGGAGGGAAGGGAAGGCAAGGCGGGAAGGCAGGAACCAGGAUUUUCAAACGCUCCAACCAAAGGAAAUCGCAGCAUCGCGGGCCGGGGGAAAUGAAAGACUCUGGAAGUCUCCAGGAAUUUGAUUCUGUGAGCUGGUUUCCAAGAGGCUAAGUUAAGCUUCUCCAAGUGGAUAUUGAAAAGGAGCAGCGAGACGAGCCCGGGCGGAGGGGCUGGAGUGGGUGGAGAGAAGGCACCGGAAGCCGCCGCACGCUGCACCUCUGGAGCCACCGCACAAAGCCCCGCCGGCCGGUCCUCGGCCCGGAGGACCCUGGGGACCGCAGGAGCCUUUCAAGGCCCACGUCCGGCCCUUGCUCCCGCCUCUUCUUUUAUUUCUCUCCUUCGCUGCCUUUCCCCUCCCGAUUCCAAGAGACAAUGCUGCUUCAGCUUGGAGUACAAACAUAUGAUCAGCACAUGGAAAUGUGGUAAUUUGGAUGCAUUCGUGAUUGCAACAGAUUGAAGAAAUUAGACCAGACAAAGAGUGUUUUUGGAGGAGGAGGAAAGGAGGCAGAAAGAGGGAGGGCGACGGGGUGAGAAAGGGGAGGACGCCUCUGGAAAGGGGGACGCCGGGACUCCCGCCUGCUGCUAAAUAUAUCCGUAGUGAUGGAGAGAGACCGGAUCACAGCCUUGAAAAGAUCUUUUGAGGUCGAGGAGGUCGAGACGCCCAACUCCACCCCAACCCGGAGGGUCCAGACUCCCCUGCUCCGGGCCUCUGUGGCCAGCUCCACGCAGAAGUUCCAGGACCUGGGUGUGAAGAACUCAGAGCCCGCGGCCCGCCAUGUAGACUCCCUCAGCCAGCGAUCCCCCAAGGCUGCCCUGCGGAGGGUCGAGCUCUCGGGCCCCAAGGCCGAGCCCGUGUCUCGGCGCACCGAGAUCUCCAUCGACAUCUCGUCCAAGCAGGUAGAGAACGCCGGCACCGCCGGGCCGUCCCGGUUCGGGCUCAAGCGGGCUGAGGCACUGGGUCACAAGACGCCAGAGCCCACCCCUCGGAGGACGGAGAUCACCAUAGUCAAGCCCCAGGAGUCAGCCCACCGGAGGAUGGAGACCCCCACCUCCAAGAUCCCUGAGGUGCCCGCCAUCCCCACCGCCGACGCAGCCCCCAAGAGGGUCGAGAUCCAGGUGCCCAAGCCAGCCGAGGGGCCCGCCUCCCCCAUCCCAUCCCAGACCCUGGAGAAUUCGGAACCCACCGCGAUGUCUCAGCUGCAGAGCAGGCUGGAGCCCAAGCCCCAGCCGCCCGUGGCCGAGGCCCCACCCAAGAGCCAGGAGGCCACCGAGGCAGCUCCCGGCAGCGUUGGCGACAUGGCCGACACCCCCAGAGACGCCGGGCUCAAGCAGCCGCCCGCGCAGAGGAACGAGAAGGCCCCCGUGGACUUCGGCUAUGUGGGGAUCGACUCCAUCCUGGAGCAGAUGCGCAGGAAGGCCAUGAAGCAGGGCUUCGAGUUCAACAUCAUGGUGGUCGGGCAGAGUGGCUUGGGAAAGUCCACCUUGAUCAACACCCUCUUCAAAUCCAAGAUCAGCCGGAAGUCAGUGCAGCCCGCCUCGGAGGAGCGCAUCCCUAAGACCAUUGAGAUCAAGUCCAUCACACACGAUAUCGAGGAGAAGGGCGUCCGCAUGAAGCUGACGGUCAUCGACACGCCGGGGUUCGGGGACCACAUCAACAAUGAGAACUGCUGGCAGCCCAUCAUGAAGUUCAUCAACGACCAGUACGAGAAGUACCUACAAGAGGAGGUCAGCGUCAACCGGAAGAAGCGCAUCCCGGACACGCGCGUCCACUGCUGCCUGUAUUUCAUCCCCGCCACCGGCCACUCCCUCAGGCCCCUGGACAUCGAGUUCAUGAAGCGCCUGAGCAAAGUGGUCAACAUCGUCCCGGUCAUCGCCAAGGCUGACACGCUGACCCUGGAGGAGAGGGUUUACUUCAAACAGCGGAUCACCGCAGACCUGCUGUCCAACGGCAUCGACGUGUACCCCCAGAAGGAGUUUGACGAGGACUCAGAGGACCGGCUGGUGAACGAGAAAUUCCGAGAAAUGAUCCCGUUUGCCGUGGUGGGCAGUGACCAUGAGUACCAAGUGAACGGGAAGAGGGUCCUUGGAAGGAAAACCAAAUGGGGCACCAUUGAAGUCGAGAACACCACGCAUUGUGAGUUUGCUUACCUGCGGGACCUCCUCAUCAGGACACACAUGCAGAACAUCAAGGAUAUCACCAGCACCAUCCACUUCGAAGCCUAUCGCGUGAAGCGUCUGCAUGAGGGCAGCAGCGCUGUGGCCAAUGGUGUCGAGGAGGCGGCGCCAGAAGCCCAGGAGAUGUAGACACCGCCCGUCCCGGGACCCCGCCCCGAGUCUUUUCCGUCUCCCCCC